UCAAAAAUGGCGGUAGAUGUUCUUUCUUCCAAUAUAAAAAGAGAAGGAAAAAAAAACUCCCAGCAGCAGCCACUGCGACUUCCCUAAGGAUUGUACCUUCAAUUUAUCUAAUCCUGAAGUCCUUGUAACUCUGUGGACUUCCGCUUGCUUCCUAUUUUGCUGUGGAAGACAUCACUAACCCCCGCCAUCACCGUGGCUGCCUCUAGUUUGCUCUGGAAUAACCCAAACUUCAACCCUUGUUCCAAUUCCUUCAGCAAAAACAAUUUCUACUCCACCCCAUCUGGGUCUGUUUGUUUCACUCAAAAGUUCCAAUUUCACAGGAGCCCAGUUGUGAAAGCCAGCAAGAAGCAAAUAGAGGUGGUGUAUGAUCCUGAUGAGAGGUUGAACAAGUUAGCAGAUGAGGUAUAUAAGGAAGCUCCUCUUUCCAGGCUCACUCUGUUCUCUCCUUGCAAGAUUAAUGUUUUCUUGAGAAUUACGAGCAAAAGGGCAGAUGGCUAUCAUGAUUUGGCAUCUCUUUUCCAUGUCAGUAAUUUCUCCACAGAUACACCUAGAUAAAAAGGUUCCAACUGGAGCAGGACUUGGUGGUGGAAGCAGCAAUGCUGCAACUGCAUUGUGGGCUGCCAAUCAAUUCAGUGGCGGUCUUGCUACGGAGGAAGAGCUCCAGGAAUGGUCUGGAGAGAUUGGUUCGGACAUUCCUUUCUUCUUCUCUCAUGGAGCAGCCUAUUGUACUGGUCGUGGUGAGGCUGUUGAAGAUAUGGCUUCACCUAUUGCUUUAGACAUUCCUAUGGUUCUUGUUAAGCCCCCCCACAAGCCUGCCCAACUGGUGAAGUCUAUAAGUGGUAGCACCAUUGUCGGCAUUGGUUCACCAGAUCCUCCGCAAUUUGUGUACGAUGAUGAAGAAUAUCAGGACGUUUUCUUGACAGACUACACAGACCCACCUGGAUGGAAUCCAUAUCAGCAGAUCCGGGUUAUGGCUGAACGAAAACCGAGGAUGGCGACCCUCCUCGAUGGAGAGGACAACAUUGAAACCAUUGGGGAAACACUCCCCUGA